CAAAAUUCCUACGCUUAUUUUCGUAAAAUCUCAAUUUUUUGAUGUUCCAUGACGCUAAACGUCUAUAUCGUUACAUCUCUAGAAACUGCCUGGUUAAAAUUAUAUAUUGACAGAUGGUAAAGUCGUCCUCUGUCGGUGAUAUUCCGAAAGUAGUAUCGAAACGAAAAGCUCUUUUGGCAUAUUUUCUCAUAUAUAAAAGUUAGCCGAAAAUGGCUUCGUUGUGUACAAGAAUUGUUACGUCUUCAGCCAGAAAGCAUGUUCUUUCAAGUAGUUACAGAUUCGCUUCUAAAGUUACCAUGGGAGAUCCUCUUGAACAUGCAACUGGGUUAGAAAAACGAGAAUUAUUAGCGAAAGUAGCGGGUAAUGACAAUCCUUUCGAUAUUAAAGUAAUCAAAAGAGGCCCAGGUACCAAAGCUCAACCAAACGAAAUUCCAUCAGCUUUCGACGCCCGUUUAGUAGGCUGCGUUUGUGAAGAAGAAUCCACAAGUAUAAAUUGGAUGUGGCUGCACAAGGGCGAACCUAAAAGAUGCGAAUGUGGACAUUGGUUUAAUUUAGUACACAAAGCACCUGUAUAAAAUUUUCAUUUGUCCUAGAGCAUUGAGAGUAAACUAGUUCAUUAUAAUAAA